UCCCUCCCGCCCGGUCAGCCCCGAAGAGUUGCCCGGUGGCCGUGGCAGACGGAAGCCGAGCGAGAACCUUGGCGGCAGCGGGAUGGGAGACUCCAAAGUGAAAGUGGCCGUCCGGAUCCGGCCCAUGAACCGCAGAGAAAUUGACUUGCAUACCAAAUGUGUGGUGGAUGUAGAUGCAAACAAGGUUAUUCUCAAUCCUGUAAAUACUAAUCUUUCCAAAGGAGAUGUCCGAAGCCAGCCAAAGGUGUUUGCAUAUGACCAUUGUUUCUGGUCUAUGGAUGAAUCUGUCAGAGAAAAGUAUGCAGGUCAAGAUGAUGUUUUCAAGUGCCUUGGGGAGAAUAUCCUUCAGAAUGCUUUUGAUGGCUACAAUGCAUGUAUCUUUGCCUAUGGACAGACAGGAUCUGGAAAAUCAUAUACCAUGAUGGGUACUGCUGACCAACCUGGAUUAAUCCCAAGACUUUGCAGUGGACUCUUUGAACGAGCUCAGAAAGAGGAAAAUGAAGAGCAGAGUUUUAAAGUAGAAGUGUCCUAUAUGGAAAUUUAUAAUGAGAAAGUUAGAGACCUUCUUGAUCCCAAAGGAAGCCGUCAAACAUUAAAAGUCAGAGAGCACAAUGUGUUGGGACCCUAUGUGGAUGGACUUUCUAAACUGGCUGUCACAAGCUACAAGGAUAUUGAGUCUUUGAUGUCUGAGGGUAACAAGUCUCGUACAGUUGCUGCCACCAACAUGAAUGAGGAGAGUAGCCGAUCUCAUGCGGUCUUCAAAAUCACCCUCACGCAUACUUUAUAUGACGUGAAGUCUGGGACAUCUGGAGAGAAAGUGGGCAAACUGAGCCUGGUGGAUUUAGCGGGCAGUGAGCGAGCAACAAAAACUGGAGCUGCAGGGGACAGGUUGAAGGAGGGGAGCAACAUCAACAAGUCCCUCACAACCCUCGGUCUGGUUAUCUCAGCCCUAGCAGAUCAGAGUGCUGGCAAAAACAAGAAUAAAUUUGUUCCAUAUCGUGACUCAGUUCUCACUUGGCUGCUCAAAGACAGUCUUGGGGGUAACAGCAAGACGGCCAUGGUCGCUACUGUGAGUCCAGCAGCUGAUAACUACGAUGAAACCCUUUCAACUCUGCGGUAUGCAGACCGUGCCAAGAACAUUGUGAACCACGCUGUGGUGAAUGAGGAUCCUAAUGCACGAAUUAUCCGGGAUCUCCGGGAAGAAGUAGAAAAGCUCCGAGAGCAGUUAACCAAGGCAGAGGCAAUGAAAUCUCCAGAGCUAAAAGAUCGCCUGGAAGAAUCAGAGAAGCUAAUCCAGGAAAUGACUGUGACCUGGGAAGAGAAAUUAAGGAAAACGGAGGAAAUUGCACAGGAACGACAGAAGCAGCUUGAGAGCCUGGGGAUAUCACUUCAAUCUUCUGGAAUUAAAGUUGGGGAUGAUAAAUGUUUCCUUGUUAAUCUGAAUGCUGAUCCUGCUCUGAAUGAACUUCUGGUUUACUAUUUAAAGGAACAUACAUUGAUAGGUUCAGCAGAUUCCCAAGAUAUCCAACUCUGUGGAAUGGGAAUUCUUCCUGAACAUUGUAUUAUAGACAUCACAUCAGAAGGCCAGGUCAUGCUGACUCCUCAGAAGAACACCAGAACAUUUGUAAAUGGCUCUUCUGUGUCCAGUCCUGUCCAGCUGCACCAUGGGGACAGGAUAUUGUGGGGAAACAACCACUUCUUCAGACUGAGUUUGCCUAAAAAGAAAAAGAAAGCAGAUCGAGAGGAUGAGGAACAAGACAGGUGCAUGAAGAACGAUACCAGUUCUGAGCAGCUGGAUGUAGAUGGAGACUCGUCCAGUGAAGUUUCCAGUGAAAUCAACUUCAACUACGAAUACGCACAGAUGGAGGUUACUAUGAAGGCUCUGGGCAAUAAUGAUCCAAUGCAGUCCAUAUUGAACAGCCUUGAGCAACAGCAUGAAGAAGAAAAACGAUCUGCACUAGAGCGCCAGAGGCUUAUGUAUGAACAUGAAUUGGAGCAACUCCGAAGAAGACUGUCUCCGGAGAAGCAGAACUGUCGGAGCGCAGACAGGUUUUCUUUCCACUCGCCCAGUGCUCAGCAGCGGUUGCGGCAGUGGGCGGAAGAGAGAGAAGCAACGCUGAAUAACAGUCUGAUGAGGCUGAGGGAACAAAUUGUCAAAGCCAACCUGUUGGUGAGAGAGGCUAGUUACAUUGCAGAAGAACUGGACAAAAGAACAGAAUAUAAAGUGACCCUGCAGAUUCCAGCCUCCAGCCUCGAUGCCAACAGGAAGCGAGGCUCUCUUCUCAGCGAACCAGCAAUUCAGGUGAGAAGAAAAGGAAAAGGAAAGCAGAUUUGGUCUUUGGAAAAGCUGGACAACAGGUUGCUGGAUAUGAGAGACCUUUAUCAGGAGUGGAAAGAGUGUGAAGAAGAUACUCCAGUAAUACGGUCCUACUUCAAGCGUGCUGAUCCAUUUUACGACGAGCAGGAAAAUCAUAGUCUCAUUGGGGUGGCUAAUGUCUUCCUCGAGUCCCUCUUCUAUGAUGUGAAGUUACAGUACGCCGUUCCAAUCGUCAACCAGAAAGGAGAGGUGGCGGGCCGGCUGCAUGUGGAGGUGAUGCGGAUCAGUGGUGACUUUGGGGAAAGGAUCGCCGGAGGUGACGAUGCUGCAGACAGCAGCUUCGACAAGGAGACCCCAGAGAACAAACUUGUGUGCAUGGUUAAAAUACUCCAAGCCACUGGAUUGCCACAGCAUCUGUCACACUUUGUAUUCUGCAAAUACAGCUUCUGGGAUCAACAAGAGCCUGUGAUUGUUGCACCUGAAGUGGACACCUCAUCCUCCCCUGUCAGCAAGGAACCUCAGUGCAUGGUUGUCUUUGAUCAUAGCAAUGAAUUUUCUGUUACCAUCACUGAGGACUUUAUUGAGCAUCUUUCAGAAGGGGCACUGGCAAUUGAGGUGUAUGGCCAUAAGAUGAACGAUCCUCGGAAAAACCCAGCCCUGUGGGAUUUGGGGAUUAUCCAAGCAAAAACACGCAGUCUUCGGGACAGAUGGAGUGAAGUCACCAGGAAAGUGGAAUUCUGGGUUCAAAUCUUGGAACAAAAUGAAAAUGGUGAAUACUGCCCUGUAGAAGUCAUUUCUGCAAAAGACGUGCCAACAGGAGGCAUCUUCCAACUCCGGCAGGGGCAGUCCCGGCGAGUUCAGGUGGAAGUGAAGUCUGUGCAGGAAUCUGGGACUUUACCACUGAUGGAAGAAAGUAUAUUGUCUGUUGGCAUUGGAUGUGUGAAAGUUAGAGCACUCCGAUCUCCCAAGACUCAUGAGACCUUCCAUGAGGACGAGGAGGACAUGGACAGCUACCAGGAUCGGGAUUUAGAAAGACUGCGUAGAAAAUGGCUGAAUGCAUUAACAAAACGUCAAGAGUACUUAGAUCAACAGUUGCAAAAACUUGUCAGUAAACCUGAUAAAACAGAGGAUGAUGCUGACCGAGAAGCCCAACUUCUAGAGAUGAGGUUGACUCUAACAGAGGAAAGAAAUGCGGUCAUGGUUCCCUCUGCCGGCAGUGGGAUUCCAGGGGCCCCAGCAGAAUGGACCCCAGUUCCUGGGAUGGAAACACACAUUCCUGUUAUUUUCCUCGACUUAAAUGCCGAUGACUUCAGCUCUCAGGAUAAUCUCGAUGACCCAGAAGCUGGUGGAUGGGAUGCCACUCUCAUCGGGGAAGAAGAGGAUGAGUUCUUUGAACUGCAGGUUGUGAAACAGCAUGAUGGAGAGGUGAAAGCAGAAGCCUCAUGGGACUCCGCCGUGCACAGCUGUCCUCAGCUCAGCAGAGGCACGCCUGCGGAUGAACGGGUGUUCCUGAUCGUGCGGGUGACGGUUCAGCUCAGCCAUCCGGCUGACAUGCAGCUGGUGUUACGCAAACGAAUCUGUGUCCAUGUUCAUGGCCGGCAGGGUUUUGCACAGAGUCUCCUGAGAAAGAUGUCACAUCGAAGUUCUAUUCCUGGCUGUGGAGUGACUUUUGAAAUUGUCUCCAACAUUCCGGAGGAUGCUCAGGGAGUAGAGGAAAGAGAAACAUUAGCAAGAAUGGCAGCUAAUGUUGAAAACACGGCGACUGCUGACUCAGAGGCUUACAUUGAAAAAUACCUCCGAAGUGUGCUGGCCGUGGAGAACCUUCUCACUUUAGAUCGUCUUCGCCAGGAAGUCACAGUGAAGGAACAGCUGACAGGAAAAGGGAAGCUGAGCAGGAGGAGCAUUAGUUCUCCCAGUGUGAACCGGUUGUCUGGCAGCCGACAGGAUCUUAUUCCAUCCUACAGUCUAGGCAGAAACAAGUUUUCAGAGAUCCAGGGAGAGGGCCGGUGGGAAAGUCAGCAGGAUGUAUCGCAAACCGCAGUUGCCAGUGGGAUACCUCCAGUUGCCCCUUCUUUCUCUGACUGUCCCCCAAAUAACCAUUCUCCUGAUCCAGGACUUAGUAGCCUAGCAGCCUCCUACUUGAAUCCAGUAAAAUCCUUUGUGCCACAGAUGCCAAAGCUCCUGAAGUCUCUCUUCCCCAUCCGCGAUGAGAGGAGAGGCCGACAGCCGUCCCCGUCUCCCGUAGCACAUCAGGCGCACCGCGAGCGCGCGGGGCUCGGCGCGGCCCCCGUCGUGGCCGUGCAGGUGGCCCCUGCGGUGAGGACGCCCGACCGGCCGGCCGCGGAAGCGCAGGACGGGCCACCCAGCCCGCUGAGCGAGGCGUCCAGCGGCUACUUCUCCCACAGCGUCUCCAGCGCCACGCUGUCCGACGCCCUCGGCCCCAGCCCGGACGGGCAGAGCCCCGGCUCGCCGCCGCCCGCCCCACGCCAGGCCUCCCCGGACCCCGAGCUGCCGUCCCCGCGCCCCGCGCCCGGCGCCCGCAGGGAGCGUGCGGCCCCGCAGAGCGCCGACGGCGCGGCCGUGUCCGCGGAGCAGCCGCGCGCGGGGGCCCCCCCUGCGCAUCCUGCCGCCCCCGCGCCCGGGCAGGAGCCCCCCAGCCCGCCGCGCGGAGCCGAGGCCGCGCUUGUGCUCCCCGAGGGCCCAGUACCCGACGGCUGCAGAGCGCGGGCGCCCCCCGAGCCGCUGCCCGCGCCCGCGGCCCCCGCCUCCCCGUUCCGGAUCCAGAAGGUGCGGACCUCGGAGCUGCAGUCGUUCACGCGCAUGCUGGCGGCAGACCCCGGCUGCCCCUCGGCUCGGGAGGACCCACCCGCCUCCGGGGCACAGGCCCUGGGCAAGCCGGAGGCUUCCUCGGACUCUGAAGAGGCCGCCGAAGUCCCCGAGUGGCUCAAAGAGGGCGAGUAUGUGACCGUGGGCACCAACAAAACGGGCGUGGUGAGGUACAUCGGGCCCACCGACUUCCAGGAGGGCACGUGGAUUGGCGUGGAGCUAGACCUACCCUCAGAAGGCCGUCGGGGCCGGGAGGCCAGGAGUGCACCUGUCUUUGAGCUUUGUCUCUGCAAACAGUAUUUGGAGCUGAAAGGGACCUUCUCACGGGAAGAGGCAAAAACCAAGGGAAGAUCAGGGACUCUCGGGUCACAGAAGCCCAGCUUCUGGCCCCCAGCCGUGCCUCUUUCUCUUGUGCCUGAGCAGCACCCAGCAGCCAGCCACCUGCCGGCCUCUGCUCAGCGCCCCGCGGCCGGCCCCCCACCAGCCUGGGCCCCGCCCUGGUGGCCCGGAGCGUCUCCAGGCUGUGGGAAUGGGACGCAUGCUCGGGCCGGGUCUGCUGCCCAGCAGCCCACAGACAGGGCUCCGAGUGGGCAGCGCUCCCUGGCAGUGCCUCAGCGUCCCGUCCCUGCUGCCCAGCACCCCUGGCCUGGGAGGUGGUGUCUUUCUGUUUCUUGAGGCCCAGUGGCCAUGCAGCAGGACGCCCGGAGCUGGCAGUGUGGCCUCGGAGGGGGCGUCGCCUUCCCGUGGGGGCGGCGGCCUGCUGGGAGCCCCAGGCCCUCGGGGGCCUGCCCUGCCCAGGGCUGGCCUUGGCUUCCUUGCUGUCGCCACUGGCACCCGGGGACCACCUGCCGGGCGUGCGCCCCGACUUGCCUGCUGUCGGUUCUGUGCCCUGCUUCUCUACGCGACCUUCCCAGCCCAGAGGCGCCCCUUUCAAUCUGCUUUCCGUUAGUCACUUUGGUCCGCUGAUGGGGGUUCCAGCGGGGCCCCUUUCUCCGAGGAAGGAGCCGCAGGUGCCCGGCCCCGCGGGCAGAGGUGCAGCCCCUGCUCCCCAGAGAGAAGGCCAGAGUCGGGGGGUGGCUGGACGUCCAGCUACUUAGGGGAGCACUUGCUGGGCUCCUCUGCCCUGCGGGGACGGCAGCCACCCCCGGAGGUCCGCGGGUACCCGGGAGGCAGGCCGAGGGGAGCUGCGGCCCAGCGGGGUGACUGGUGGGGGCGCCCGGCCGGUGUGUGGAGGCCGCCCUGGGCCCUGAGCGGGUGCCGGACGCCGGACGCCGCCUUUCGCCCCCACCGCAGGCCCCCCCGCGACCCCACCCCGCCGCCCUGCUGCCUGCCCGGCUCUGGGCCGAAAUCCCGGGCGGCGGGGGACGGGCGGCGGCUCUCGCCCUCCCGGGAAGGGCCUCGCCCGGAGGAGUGGCGGCGUCGGGCUGUGGCCGGACCGGCCGAAGGGCCGCCGCUGCCGAGACCCCGGCCCUGCCGCCCCUCCUGGCUCACCGGCCCCGUGGGACCCGGCACCUGCCCCGGCCCCGGCCUCGGCCUUGCCUGGGCCCCGCGCGCCUGCCCUGCCGCCGGGACACCGACCGCUGUCCGCACACGCCUCCCUCCCGCGGAGAAGCCCGUCGGGCCUUCUCCUGGCCGGUCACACGGACGGGGCUGGGGAGUGUCGGAACGUCUUCUCCGGGUGCAGAGUUCUGUGCAUUUAGUGGUUCACAUAUGAAAACGUGGCUUUGAUUGGGAGAGUAUAUUAUUGAUUUCGUACACAUAUAAUGGAUUAAAAAAAAACCCCAAAGGCUGUAAUGACUUGUAAAGACUUCUUGAUUUGUACUGUAUAAUGAACUAAAACGUCUGUAAUUUUGUACCGUGUAUGCCUUUCCAUCACGACCAGCAGCUUCUAAAUAAAGCCGGAUGAUUUCUC